AUGACGUCACCGUCGCCGACUCAUAGUGAUAGUAGUGGUUCUUCUAAGCAAGAUGGUAACCAGGAUAGUUGGGAAAUUGUUGAAGGGCUCAGGGGUGGUCCUGCCAUUUUGCAGCAACCUGAGCUACAACAGGGUUUCUUAUUAAAAAGGAGGAAAUGGCCAAUGAAGGGAUGGCACAAGAGAUAUUUUCUUUUGGACAAAGGCAUCCUAAAGUAUGCAAAACGUGCCACAGAUCUAAGGAAAGGAAAGCUCCAUGGCUGUAUUGAUGUCGGCCUCUCCGUCAUGGCAAUAAAGAAAUCAACCAUGUGCAUUGAUCUGGACACUGAGGACAACAUCUAUCACCUAAAGAUGAAGUCGCGCGACGUGUUUGAUGAAUGGGUGUCAAAACUGCGUCAUCACCGUGUGUUUCGUCAGAAUGAGAUUUCCUCGUAUCCUCACCAUUACCAGAGCCACACCUUUUCUUCGCCUUCGCUCAGUGACUCCAUAAGGAAGAGGAGGGCAACCCUCCCCAAGCAGACAUCCAUUCAUCAAGCUAAAAUCAGUUCUUGGCUUCACUCUUCAGAGGACAUGAACAAGUGCAACAAAGACUUGGAAGAAUGUGAAUCCUACCUGCUAGAACUUAAUUUACUUCUGAGGAGCAUGGAAGUCAUGCAUCGUACAUACUCCGCCCCAUCCAUCAACAUGCUACAAACAUCAACAUCUGAUACCUCCAAGAAAGAGAAGAGGGCAAAGAAAUGGCGAACCAAGAAUGGCAAAAAUAGCAAAGUAACAACACAGAUGCCUCAAAUCAACGCCUCCAAUCCCAAUCUCCCAUAUGCGGAAGCCAAUAGUCAAGAGAUAUUUCUGGAAUCUCCAGACUCUCCCGUCGAGGUUUCCCGUCUGCAGGAGAACUUCAACAGGCUUGCUAACAACAUCCACAGUACACUGAAAUCAGCCUACAGUUCCCUGUCAGCAGAAAGGGAAAGAUUAAGGCACACUAUUGAAAUGCAAGCCCCCCAGCCAAUGCAGGUCACGGCCUUAAAGACUGCCUAUGGCUCAGACCACCUAGAUGAAGUCCAUUCUUUGGUCCACCAGUCAUCCAAUGAGAGCAGAGCAUCAAUCCCUGAAUCUGUAUGCGAGUUCUAUGAUGCGCAGGAGUACCUCCUGUCCUCGUCCUCUUCUGAGAAUGAGCUCUCCGACGAUGACUCAUACAUCAGUGACGUGAGUGACAGCAUUUCUGUGGAAACCUGCAGCAACGGAGGGGGCAGCGAAAGACAUGGUUCGGUCAGCAGUGUCGGAUCCGUGGUUCACCGCCGCCGCACCGCACUGCCCUCUCCUAGUCCACCAAACAGUGUGAGUUUGUGGAACAUUCUAAGGAACAACAUUGGGAAGGACUUGUCCAAAGUGGCCAUGCCGGUACAGCUGAACGAACCACUCAAUACCCUGCAGCGGCUCUGCGAGGAACUUGAGUACAGCGAGCUGCUUGACACCGCUAACAAGACUUCCAAUCCUUUCCAGCGCAUGGUGUACGUUGCUACAUUUGCCAUAACGGCAUACACAUCUUCCUACUAUCGAGCUGGAAGCAAACCUUUCAAUCCAGUUUUGGGAGAAACAUAUGAGUGUGAUAGACCUGACAAGGGCUUUAAGUUUAUAGGUGAACAGGUGAGCCAUCACCCCCCUGUUUCAGUGUGUCAUGCAGAUUCCAAGAACUUUUCUUUUUGGCAAGAUGUCCGAUUGAGAAACAAAUUUUGGGGAAAAUCCAUGGAAAUAGUUCCAGUUGGUACCACCAAUGUCACGUUGCCUUCGUUUGGGGACCAUUAUGAAUGGAACAAAGUGACAUCGUGCAUCCAUAAUAUACUUAGCGGGCAGCGUUGGAUUGAACACUACGGAGAGAUGACCAUCAAAAAUGUCAACAGUAACACUUGCGAGUGUAAAAUCACAUUUGUCAAGGCAAGAUCAUGGAGCUCUACUGUUAAUGAAAUAGAGGGCGUAGUGACCGAUUCCAGUGGAAGAGUCGUGCACUCCAUUUUUGGAAAAUGGCACGAGUCAAUUUUUCAAGGAGACCCACCUUCUGCCACGUGUAUCUGGAGAGCAAAUCCCAUGCCAGCAGACCAGGACCAGUACUAUGGUUUCACUAAAUUUGCCAUAGAAUUAAACGAGUUGGACCCCACUAUAAGACCUCUGCUGCCCCCUACAGAUACACGCUUCAGGCUGGACCAGAGGUGCUUGGAGGAGGGAAAUGUGGAAGAAGCUGAGGAACAGAAGCAGAGGAUAGAGCAGCUUCAGAGAGAGAGGAGGAAAGUGCUGGAGGAAAACAACAUGACCCACCAACCACGUUUCUUCAAGAAGUCAGACUAUGACACUUGGGUCAACAACAACUCAUACUGGGAGUUACGCAGAGAUCCCGGCUUCAUGAAGGUGGACUUCCCUGUGUUGUGGUGA